AUGGAUGAGACCAUAGCUACUGAUUACCUUGUCGUCGGGGCUGGGGCCAUGGGCAUGGCUUUCGUUGACACUCUUCUCACCGAAAGCAACAAAACAGUCGCUAUUGUCGACCGCUACGCUCGUCCGGGCGGCCACUGGACGACUGCCUAUCCCUUUGUCCGUCUACAUCAACCAGCCGCUUCAUAUGGCGUGAACUCCAGACAUCUCGAACAUGAUAUCAUCGAGGAAUCCGGCUGGAACAAGGGACUCAUGGACGUUUCAUCGGGCGAUGAGGUGCGUGCUUACUUUGGUCGGGUGAUGAAGGAAACGUUCUUGACGUCAGGACGUGUGCAAUACUUCCCUAAGUGCAACUACUCUGGAGAGGGCAAGUUUCGAUCUAUGCUGACUGGCAAGACAUACGGUGUUGCCAAAGACACGUGCAUUGUGGAUGCGACUUAUAGCCGAGUUGAUGUUCCAUCAAUGAGACCUCCUCCUUACGACAUUGCUCACGGGGUUGAUAUUGUAACACCUAACGAUCUCGCCGGAAUUUCCCAUGGAUACCAAAGUUAUACUGUCGUUGGAGGCGGGAAGACGAGCAUGGACGCUUGUCUAUGGCUUCUUGAUAAUGGCAUCAGUCCAACUCAAAUAACAUGGAUCAGACCGCGUGAUUCGUAUCUCAUCGAUCGGGCAAGUUUUCAGCCCGGGAGUCAAUUUGCCUCAAGAUCAACAGCCACCGUCCAAGGCAACGUUGCGUCAGUCAUGGCUGCCUCGUCCCUGGAAGACAUCGCGAAAAUCCAAACAACCAAGCAGCUCCUACUCCAACUGGACGAAAACGUUACACCUACCAUGUUCCAUUGCGCGACAGUCACACGUAGUGAGCUUGAAGCAUUGAAGAAAAUCGAAUCUGUCGUCCGCCAAGGCCAUGUCAUCAGUAUCACGCGGGAAGAGGUGAUACUAGAGCACGGCAGCUACAAACCUGUCGCUGACACACUCUAUAUCGACUGCUCGGCUGGCAGCAUUCCUAAAGUCCCAGCAGUGCCUAUAUUCCGCAGCCGCAAUAUCACGCUCCAGCCAGUCCGCUACUGCCAGCAGACGUUCAGCGCAGCACUAAUUGCUCACGUCGAGGCGACCUACGAGGAUGAAAAGGUCAGAAACGAGCUCUGUGGGCCGAUUCCAAUGCCCAACGAACCAAUCGACUUGCCACUCGUCAUGCUCCAAACCUAUUUGAAUACACUCGCCUGGCUGAAACACCCCAAGACGGCUGCGUGGCUGGGAGGUUGUCGCCUGGACCUGUUGAAGAACACUAUGCCAGAAGAUCCCAAGCAGAGAAUCGCCCAUAGCGAACAGAUGACAAUGGUCCUUGAGGCAGCAAGCAAGAAAAUUCAGCAGCUUAUCGACGGAUCGUCUGAGCCUGUUGCAGCGAAGAUGUAUAAGCAGCUUGAACUUUUUUCUCUCAAGCCUGCACAGGCGAGCCUAUAG